GACUCACACUGACUUCGUUUGUUGACAAACCAGUUCAUCCCAGAUCUCCAAUCUCCAUUUCACAGCCCCAGCCUCAAUCGUCAGCCUCCUGCACGACCGAUAUCAUCAGGGGUUUGUUUACUUUAUUUGUCUGUACUUGACAGUUGACCACAUCUGCUCAUGGUCUCGUUGGUCCCUUACUCCAUACUACGGAUCCGCUCACACCUGCCUCGUCUCGGAACAGAACGUGAAGAGACUUUCUGAUCGUCGGUUGACUUUGCCCUCACUCUCCAUUCGGCUCCUCCAAAUCGGCUGCCAACGGCUUGCUAGCUUCCCUUGUCUCUGCUUAAGAGAUUACAGUGACUGCCGAGAGUUUCGCCAGGUUGCGUCGUGGUGACAUCGGAGUUUUCCGCGUACGGCGAUCUCAACAUCUCCACUCCCGUCCCCUUCCGACGUUGUGGAAGCCAGGAAACCGACGUUUGGCACCCGCUCGGACGCCCCGCUCUCCGGUACAUAUUCGGGGCUCAUCAACGACCAUAUAUUUCAGCUCCCUCCGCACUCGGCCGGAUCCGUCGUUGUCUCGGUAAAGCCGCCAAUACCAGCACAAGAAAAUCACCUUUUCUUGUGACUCAGGAAAAAGAGAGACACUGAGGCCUCCCUUGAUGUUCGAAUUUUUCCAGCGGGCAAAACGAUCAAGACUUUGAAGUUUUCGGUCCCAGACUGUACGGGUAUCUCCUACUUGAAGAAUCGGCCGAGAUUAGAUUCUUGGGUAUACCACAUCAAGUACGUCUACGCCAGUCCGAACGACAGAAAUAUUCUUCCGCAGAGAUACAUACUUCCGAAAGGACAGACACUGUGCAGCCUCACCUAAACCACCUGCAUCUCCAACCGUUCAAGAAAAACCACCGUACACCUUACCCACCACCAACUGCGUGGGUCCCCUAGACCACCAUCACGGCCCGUUUGCGAUUUUUUUUUUUUUUUUUUUUCGGGAAUUUCACAUUUCGGAACUUCCCUCCCCCUGCCGCUCGACUCGACCGAAAUUCGGAUAGCGCCUUGUUAUCUAUCCGAUAUCCCAGCACACUUUUUCCUUUCUUCCUACGCCGGCACCAUGGACACGGACACCCUAACCCCCAUGAACACAUCGGACACCCCUCUUCCUACCCCCAGCACACCAACCCAACCCCCCCUCCUCAACUACAUCCUCUCCUUCCUCCUCGUUGGUCUGGCAUGGGGUUUCACUACCCCCUUCCUGCGGCGGGCCGCCAAGACGCAUAACCCCCCACCGCACCCGCUUCUAGAGCGAGAAUCAGUGCAAAGAAGCGUCGUGAAGAGAAGCACACUGGGAGCUUGGUUUGCGGUGACGGACCUGAUCAAGAACUGGCGGUAUGCGUUGCCGUUGGGGAUUAAUUUGAGUGGGAGUUUGUGGUUCUUUUUGUUGGUUGGGGGGUCAGAGUUGAGUUUGACGGUGCCGAUUGUCAACACGACGGCUUUUUUGUUUACGGUUAUUGGCGAGUGGUGGGUGGAGGGUAAGGUUAUUAGUCGUGAUACAAUGCUGGGAAUGCUAUUGUGUUUGGGCGGCAUUGCGCUUUGUGUUCAGAGCAAGAACGUGUGAGCGUUGACGUUUUAGAGGAUUGGAUAUCUAGGUAGUUUUGGGAUAGAUGUGUUUUCCUGUACGGCUAGGAGUACGGUUGAUACUUCUCUUGGAGCUAUACUUCCCUAGGAGUUUUCGAAUUUUUUUUCCUCUUCCGUGACUGCAUUGUCGUGGAGAUGACCAAAUGCAUGAUAUGAUAGAUCGACACAGUCAACUUCAAGGUCAU